UAAUGCAAAAAUAAAUGCUUUUUUCUUUUUUCUUUAUUUGAAAAAAAAGAAGAAGAGAUAAUUGGGAAAGUCCCAUACCCAUUUUUACCCCUCUAUUGCUUUUACUCUCUUUCUCUUCUCUUCAGCUUCUUCCAUGAGUUCAUUCUCUUCUUCUUCUUCUUCUUCUUCUUCUUCACCUGCAACUUCUACUGCCAGCUCUAGUCCUUUUAAUGUCUUUCUGCUCUAUAGAUCUUUUCAGGUUGGUUCUCUACAGAGUCAAACAUUGAGACUCAUAUGAAUGAAAUGCUUGUUUCCUCUGUUUUUUGAUCACUUGGGUCUUGUUCUUCCUAUUGGAUUCAUUUGCUGGGUUUGGGGUCCUUUUGUUUCUUUUUUUUCUUUUCUUUUUUUCUUCUUAUUAAUUAAGUUUCGGAAUCUUUUGGGGGUUCUGUUUGGACCAAUUCCUUGUUCUGGGUUUAGGUGGGCAGCUACAGGGAUAAAAAACCAAAUUCUGUUUAGGGUAUUAGAAAUUGGAAAUCUUAGGAUUCUUUCUGGCUUCUUUUUUGUAGGCAUGUCAAUUUCUGAUCCUUAAUGAAAUGAAAGUUUGGCUCUUACUAUAGCGUUCUUGUUUUCUACUCAUCUGGGCUGGGCGGAUAAGAAAGCAUCUUCUUGCCAUAACCUUGAAAUCAGUUCCAAUCUCUUUCAUUUCUUACUUCUUCCUCUCCUUCCCCUUCUGUAUCAUCAUCCUUCAACCUACCCUGAGUUUGGGUUGUUUUUCCCAUGUCUAAGUGUUGGGUUUAAUUAGACAUUUCCCUGUAGAGUUGAUAGUGGGUCUCCCUCUCUCUUUCUCUCUCUCUCUCUAAAACUUCUAACUGAGUUUAACAAAGAGGUAAGACCCACCUCACGUUGGUCACUUUGUCGAGUUUAACUUGUGUCGGCUACUGGUUUGGAUGAGUUUGGUUCAUGUAUUUGGGGUUUAGCUCAAAGUUAGGGCAUCUACGUUUGAUGCUUAUGUUGAUGUGUAGUAGUGGUUGUAGAUUAUAUGGUUGAUUUCCAUGAACUGGUUCAUUAAUGGUGGAGGUAUGGAAGCUAAGACUGGUUUGCUUGGUGGGGGUGGGAAGAUAUGGCUCCAAUUGUGGGAGAAGGUCAUUGGGAACUGUUUCAAGAUGCAUCACCAGUACUACCAGUAUAUUGGAUCCAAGAAAGUGAGAAAAACAUGGUGGAGGAGGGUUUUGGUGGCCUGGGUUCUUAGCUCUGCUCUUGCUUCUUUAUGGAUCUUCCACUACAUGAGCUCCCAAGCUACAGAAAAGAGGAAAGAGGCCUUGGGAAGCAUGUGUGAUGAGAGGGCUAGGAUGCUUCAAGACCAGUUUAAUGUCAGCAUGAAUCAUAUCCAGGCAAUGUCUAUCCUCAUCUCCACCUUCCAUCAUGGCAAGAACGUAUCUGCUAUAGAUCAGAGGACCUUUGCGAGGUACACAGAAAGAACUGCUUUUGAGAGGCCUCUUACCAGUGGUGUGGCGUAUGCAGUAAGGGUGCUUCAUUCUGAAAGAGAACAUUUUGAGAAGCAACAGGGCUGGACAAUUAAAAGGAUGGACAAAAUCGAACAAAGCCCAGUUCACGAAGAUGACUAUGCUCCAGAAGACCUGGAGCCAUCACCCACCCAAGACGAAUAUGCUCCUGUAAUCUUCGCACAGGAUACAAUUUCUCAUGUCGUUUCUCUCGAUAUGCUGUCGGGAGUGGAAGACCGUAAGAAUGUAAUUCGUGCUAGAGCGUCAGGAAAGGGAGUCUUAACUGCUCCAUUCAGGUUGAUCAAAACAAAUCGUCUAGGCGUCAUACUUACAUUUGCGGUCUACAAGAGAGAUCUUCCCUCAAAUGCCACUCCAAAUGAGAGGAUUCAAGCUACAGAUGGGUAUCUUGGGGGAGUUUUUGAUAUCGAGUCGCUGGUGGAGAAGUUACUUCAACAGCUUGCAAGCAACCAAACCAUCUUAGUUAAUGUUUAUGAUACCACUAACCAAUCACAUCCGAUCAGUAUGUAUGGUGAAGAUGUAUCACAAGAUGGGUUGCAGCAUGUUAGUCCCCUCAACUUUGGGGAUCCAGAUAGGAAGCAUGAGAUGCGAUGCAGAUUCAAACAAAAACAAGCUUGGCCAUGGUUAGCAAUGACAACUUCAAUUGGCAUACUUAUUAUUGCAUUGCUUUUGGGGUAUAUAUUCCAUGCAACCUUGAACCGAAUUGCUAAAGUGGAGGAUGAUUAUCAUGAGAUGAUGGAACUCAAGAAACGGGCAGAAGAUGCUGAUGUUGCCAAAUCCCAGUUUCUUGCAACUGUUUCCCAUGAGAUCAGAACCCCAAUGAAUGGUGUUCUAGGAAUGUUGCAUUUGCUAAUGGACACAGACUUGGAUGUGACUCAACAAGAUUAUGUUAAAACUGCACAAGAUAGUGGAAAAGCUUUGGUAUCAUUGAUAAACGAGGUUUUGGAUCAGGCAAAAAUUGAAUCUGGAAAGCUUGAGCUUGAAGCAAUACCAUUUAAUCUCCGAGCAAUUUUGGAUGAUAUUUUAUCGCUCUUUUCUGGGAAAUCUCAAGAAAAAGGACUGGAGCUGGCAGUUUACAUCUCAGAUAGUGUUCCUGCGAUGCUUAUUGGUGAUCCUGGAAGGUUUAGGCAAAUUAUCACUAAUCUCAUAGGAAACUCAAUCAAGUUUACAGAGAAAGGACACAUCUUUGUCACUGUUAAUCUCGUCGAGGAGGUUAUUGAAUCGAUUGAUCUCGAGAUCGAGUCAUCAACAAAUAGCACCUUGAGUGGCUAUCCUAUUGCCAAUAGACGUCUCAGCUGGGCAGGAUUUCAAACGUUCAGUGAAGAGGGACCCGCUGCUUGUCAUUUCAUGCCAUCUCCACCAGAGCUUAUUAACCUCAUGGUAUCUGUGGAAGAUACAGGCGUUGGUAUUCCUCUGGAAGCCCAAUCAUGCGUUUUCACUCCCUUCAUGCAGGUUCGACCAUCCAUCUCUAGAACGCAUGGGGGAACGGGUAUUGGGCUGAGUAUUAGCAAAUGUUUGGUUGGCCUCAUGAAGGGGGAGAUUGGUUUUGUGAGUGUACCUAAGAUUGGCUCUACCUUCACAUUCACGGCGGUAUUCACAAAAUGCUCUUCCAAUUCAAGUGAAUAUAACAAAACCCAACAAAUUAAGAACAUUUCCAUCCCAACAUCCUCUGAAUUUAAGGGUAUGAGGGCACUAAUUGUGGACCAUCGACCUAUUCGGGCCAAAGUAUCAAGAUAUCAUAUUCAACGCCUUGGAAUAAAUGUUGAAGUCUUAUCUGACUUGAAUCAAUGUCUGUGUUCCUCGACUAUUAGUGGUUCAACUAUCAAUAUGAUUUUUGUUGAGCAAGAUCUUUGGGAUAAGGACACGAGCACAUCUGAUCUCUUUAUCAAGAACUUGAGAAAUUCUUAUGGGGUUCCUCCCAAACUAUUUCUUCUUACUUCCUCCAUUAGUUCUUCAAAAGCUAGCACUACAGUUUCUGAUGUAUUCACUCCCACAGUCAUCUUAAAGCCCUUGAGGUCAGGCAUGCUCGCUGCCUCUCUUCACAGAGUCAUGGGUGUAGGGAUCAAGGGUAAUCCUCGCAAUGGAGAGCUUCCUGUACUCUCACUCCGUAAUUUACUUCUUGGUCGAAAAAUUCUGGUAAUAGAUGACAAUAAGGUAAAUCGUAUUGUCGCUGCUGGUGCUCUACAGCGGUAUGGAGCGGAUGUCGUAUGUGAAAACAGUGGAAGAGAAGCAAUCCGACUGCUUACGCCACCCCACCAUUUUGAUGCAUGCUUCAUGGAUAUUCAGAUGCCAGAAAUGGACGGCUUUGAAGCUACAAGAAGAAUUCGGGAAAUCGAACUUCAAAUAAAAAAUGGUAUCCAAGCUGGAGAACUAUCAAUAGAAGCAUACGAAAAUAAAUGUGAUUGGGGUGUACCCAUCUUGGCCAUGACUGCAGACGUAAUCCAGGCUACACAUGAGGAAUGCCUAAAGGGGGGGAUGAAUGGGUAUGUUUCGAAACCAUUUGAAGUUGAACGGCUUUACCGAGAAGUCUCUCAAUGUUUCCGCAGAACCUCAAAUGGAACUUUGUAGAGAGCAAUCAUAUAUUCGAGGUUGCGGAUGAUGGCCUGUUCACUCAGGAAUGUACAGCAUGCUUAAAAGGGUGUAAAUUACCUCCGAGUAAGUAUUCUAUUAGAAGAUUUUGAUUGUUAACUUCCAUUCCCCAGAAAGGCAUAGGAUCAAGUACAACAUUAAAUAUAUCAUAGUGAUGAAAUUAUUCCAUCAUAUUCCGUGUUUCGCAGUCGAAGGUGAUUGACUUCUCGGAUUGCUCCAUAGUAUGCCAGGCAUGCCUAAAUUUUGUGGAGUGUAAAUAGUAGACAGACAUGAGUGUUCGGGUGGAGCUUUCGUCAUUGGACGAAACAAAUUAGAAAAGUCAACUAUAUUUUCUGGGUGGACGAGGUUAGAAAUUCAAGAUUCAUUUGGAAGCAGAAUUCAAUAGGUACUUCUCAUACAAAAGUAAUUGAAGUCUCCGGUUUGCGAUCUUUUUGCCUCGUUUAUGAUCAUCUGCAAGUUGCUCAUCAGAGGGCCAGAAAUGGCACUGCAGAAAUCAAUUUAGAUGGAACAAAGGAUGAAGAAAGAAGGGUCUUGUAUAUUAAAAACAUGUUUGGUUUGUACUCACACAAGUUUAGCUAUCGCUUUUCGUUUUGCUAAUUUUGUUGUAUACUUAUCUCAACUGAAAAUAGGAUAAAAACUCUUCACACUCUCAGAUUUGAAAAAAUUGAUCAUGUACAUUUCUUGCACACAAUUCCUAUUCCUUCAGGUCUGUGUUCUGUAUAAAAAUUUCACCAUUCAUUUAGUUUC